GGCACGACUUGUAUGGGAUCUGGGCAUCACAUGCGAUGGAAGGAUCCAGUAUUCUAGACCAUUAGAUGUGGAACAUGUGGUACAGAUCGGAUUUGCUAGAGCAGUUCCCACAUCGGCGAAGCCGGCGGCGAUGGCGGCUGCUCCAGAUGCUGUACCAGUCCAUCCCCACCUGCUGCAGACGUGUAUGGAGGGACACAGUGAAGCUCCUUUCCUCACCCCUUCUCUUAUGGGGCGACAAUGGAGUCCUAGCCAUCAUGGCUACAGCUCGUCAAGCCAACUUGGUCCGUCCCCAGAUCUUGCUGCUGCAUCAAGAUCCCGAUCCACAUCAGAGCCGGAAGCGCGAUAGGAUUUUCAGGUCAAGCACACCGUUGAUCUGUUUCGACACAACAUUCUGCAGCAUCUGUGUGUGGCCAUACAGCUACCUACCAACUCCAUCCAUACCAUUGAGCAUAACUCUACUGAGGUGGUUGAAAGUUUGUGAUGGAUGCAAAUCCCGUGUGAACAUGGAAAAACACUUGAAGGUGGAGCAGCCUCCAGAAGUUCUGGUGAUCCAGCUCAACCGUUUUGAAAAUUUGGGCAGUUAUACUUCCAAGAUUCAAGAGAUGGUGAAAUAUCAGUUAGAGUUGGAUUUAAAACCCUUCCUCUGUGGAUACUGUGAGUUUCAUUUUCUUCUCAUUUUAUCAUAUUCCCCACGCACUCAUUUAUAUGGCUGA